ACCCCGGUCGAUCUCGAUUCCCCUUCUCCCGUGAUCGGUUAAGCCCCUUUUAUAGCCCCUCUCUCUCUCUCUCUCGCUCGCUCACCGGAGAGCACAGCUGAAACGAAUCGAAAACUGAGGAGGAGGAGGAGAUGUCUGCGAUCACAGAGCUCAGCCAAGAGACCGUGCGCAGCAUGGCCGUUGGCGCCGUCUUCACGGACUACGCAGGGAAAAUAAGUUCUAUUGAUUUUCAUCGAACGGAAGAUCUUCUUAUUACUGCAAGUGAGGAUGACUCUAUACGCCUUUAUGAUAUUGCAAAUGCUAAGCUGCUGAAGACCACAUAUCACAAGAAGCAUGGUGCUGAUCGAAUUUGCUUUACACACCAUCCAAGUUCCAUUUUGUGCUCAUCAAGAUACAAUAUAGAGUCGACAAAUGAAUCAUUGCGAUAUUUAUCUCUGUAUGAUAAUCGUUGCCUACGGUACUUCAAGGGGCACAAGCAGAGAGUUGUUUCACUGUGCAUGUCUCCUAUAAAUGACAGCUUCAUGUCAGGUUCUCUUGACCAUAGCGUAAGAAUAUGGGAUCUCCGUGUAAAUGCAUGCCAGGGAAUUCUGCGGUUACGUGGAAGGCCCACUGUUGCUUAUGAUCAACAAGGCCUUGUUUUUGCUGUGGCAAUGGAAGGGGGUGCUAUCAAAUUGUUUGAUUCUCGUUCGUAUGACAAGGGUCCAUUUGAUACUUUUCUUGUUGGUGGAGAUACUGCCGAGGUCUGUGAUAUCAAAUUCAGCAAUGAUGGCAGGUCUAUGGUUUUGACAACCACAAAUAACAAUAUCUACAUUCUAGAUGCCUAUGGAGGAGAUAAGCGUUGUGGAUUCAGUUUGGAGCCAUCACCUAAUUUAACAACCGAGGCUACAUUUACUCCAGAUGGGCAAUAUGUGGUGGCAGGUUCUGGAGAUGGAACAUUGCAUGCUUGGUACAUCAACAAGCCCAAUGAGGUGGCUUCCUGGAACAGUUACAUAGGUGCAGUGACUUGCUUAAAGUGGGCACCGAGGAGAGUCAUGUUUGCAGCUGCAUCAACCGCCCUAACAUUUUGGAUACCCAAGUCGAACGAGGAACCCAGCAAUGGUGAAGCUACUGCCGGAGAAUGACCAAAUCCCAUCAUCCCUUCAAGCUGCUUACAAAUGAAAUAUGUAUCGUCCAUAUUUGGCUUAUGCUUCUGAAUUAAUGAACCAAGCAAUCGGUUCUGUUUAAUUACCAUGACGAUUUUGACAGCUUAAAACGGGCGAUUCAUAUGAUUCGUCUUUUGGAUCCCGAUUUCUGCUAAGCCUUCCUUUCAUGAAA